GUCGGAUUCGUUCAAUGUUCGGUAGCGAGUGCUGUCCGAUGGAUUUAAUAUCAACACGCAUUUAAGCCAAACAUAAAGACACACUUGUAGGGAGUAGCGAUUGUUAUGUACUUAUGUACAUAUGUCCGUGUGCUUCAUUGACACUCCAUAGAAAUCAGCUUCAAAACGGAAAGAAUGAAGCUUAAAUUAUAUUUAUCGAAUUUAUUGUACUUAUGGGCGGUAGUGACGUUAAGGUCCAGAGCAAUAAACGCUCAAUGUUCGACUUCCCAGUUUGCGUGCGAAAAUGGCGGUUGCAUUUCGCAAUUCGACGUUUGCAACGGCGUGAAGAACUGCCCCGACGGAUCGGACGAAACCCCGCUGACGUGUAUCUCCCAGCGGCAGCACUGUUUGAAGCCCUACUUCCAGUGCAGCUACGGCGCUUGUGUCAUAGGAACAGCCGGAUGCAACGGAGUCAAAGAUUGCGCAGAUGGCUCCGAUGAAACGGUUUUGCGCUGUGGCAACGAGGACGAUUUGCGACAGUUCGACCGCCGUUCACAGGGUAAUUGUCAAGACGACGAGAUCAAAUGCCCAUCUGGCAUAUGCCUAGACAAAAGCAGGUCUCUCUGUGACGGCAAGGACGACUGCGGAGACGGCACCGGCUUCGACGAGUCGGUGGAUUUGUGCGGGCACCUGGAGUGCCCGGGCUACUCCUUCAAGUGUGGCACCGGCGGCUGUAUUUCGGGAGCCCUGAGUUGUAAUGGACAGAACGAUUGCUUCGAUGGCUCGGACGAAGCCCCACUCCUGUGCAACACUACCAAGAAGGUGACUUCACCUACCCCCGUCGUCAUACCGCUGGAGCAACUAGGCUGUUCCUUGCCGCUGGAAGAUGAACGCCCAAUUCUAAAGGAUCACUACGAUCGUGUUCUCCUUCCGCCGAUCACCAGUGGCACGGUCCGCUUCUCCUGCCAACCCGGCUACAUAUUAGAGGGCCUCGAAAUAAGUCACUGCGCUAACAGACAGUGGAGUUCUGAGACAGUGCCGAAGUGCGUGAAAUACUGUGAUUCCAAGGGCGAGUUCGAUGGGUAUUCCACCAAGGCCAUAUGCACAUCCGCUGGACAGAACGUCGACUGCAGUCAGCGCUAUCAUCCGCCAGGCACUGAGGUCAAGUUUGUAUGUGCCACCGGCUUCCAGACUCGCCGCACCACUCUCCCGGAUAUGAAGUGCAUGAAAGGGGGGUACUGGAAUCGCCAACGGCAACGCUGCGACCAGGAGUGUGGCCAGAUAGCCACGCCAACCAAGAGCUUCUCGGCCAACGGGUACACCAUCAACAACACUGUGGUCCCGUGGCAUGUGGGCCUCUACGUUUGGCACACUGAGAAGAGCUAUAGCUUCAUGUGUGGCGGUUCGCUGCUGACGCCGGACCUGGUGAUCACUGCUGCCCACUGCGUGUACGAUGAAACGGUACGGCGGGCCUACAGCUAUGACACGUUCCGCGUAAUAGCAGCGAAAUUUUAUCGGAACUACAAGAAUACUACCAGCGAUGAGCGCUGGCAGGACGUGCGGGACAUCAUUAUAGCGCCUGGCUACAAGGGCAGGACGAACAACUACUUCAACGAUCUAGCCUUGCUAGUUCUGGUCGAGCCCUUCGAGUUCAGCCACGUCAUUCGGCCGAUCUGCGUCCAUUUCUCAGAGUUUGCCGAGAAGGAGACCAUUAAUAACGAUGUACAGGGCAAAUUCGCUGGCUGGAGCAUCGAGGAUAAGCGCGAGCUGCAGUUUGUGCCGGCAGUGUCCAAGAUGAACUCCGUGUGCCUGCAAAAUUUCCCAGACAUUCAAUCGGACAAAUUUUGCAUCUUCACACAGGGCAAGUCGCUGGCGUGUCGGGGCGAUAGUGGCGGUGGAUUCACCGCCGUCCGCCAGUCCUACGCUUUCUCCCGAGACACUUCCCGCCAUUUCCUGUACGGUAUCAUCAGCAACGCACCCAAUGCAGAUCAGUGCGCCCACAGUCUGACUAUACUGACCAACAUACAGCACUUUAAUAAAAUAAUAACCACUGCAAUCGAAAAUAGCAUAAAUACCAGAUCCUGAGCGCAGAGUUCUCAGCUGUGACCUAGACUAGAGUAUAUCCAAGGCUGGAUAUUUAUAUAUAUACAUAUCUACGAUUAUUUUGUUUAAGAUUCAAAUAAAACGAAUUAGAACCGAUGCAAGAGUUA